GAAGAGACAUUAACAGCCGAACCAACCGAUCGAGCACAUCGAUCGAGAAGCUAAUCCCCCAAAGAAAACGAACAACCAAUCCCCCAAGCAAGAUGUGGCAACUCACAUGGACCUUCGCCUUGGCUUUCCUUCUGGUGGGUGGUGAGGCCAAGCCCUCCCAACUCUUCAAUCACCACUUCAACCACUUUGAUCCCCAUCAUGUGGGCCACUUUGAUGGGCAUCACUUGAACCACUUGGAAUCCUUCCAUGCUGUGCCGCACCACCUGGAUUAUGCGGUGCAGGAAUCGGUUCUUCCUCCGCCGGCUCCUCUGCUUCCUGCGGUGGCUCCACCACCAGCCUUUGCUCCUCCACCACCCGUUUAUGGUCCUGCACCACCCGUUUUUGGACAAGCACCACCUGUUUAUGGACCAGCACCACCAGUAUUCGCUCCUGCUCCCCUUUUACCCGCUCCAGCUCCUCUAUUACCCGCUCCUGCACCACUUCUACCCGCUCCUGCACCACUUUUACCUGCACCCGCACCACUUUUACCCGCUCCUGCACCAUUUUUCCCCGCUCCAUCACCACUUGUACCCACUCCAGCUUUCCUGCCAGCUCCUGCACCACUUCUGCCGGAGUUCCAUUUGCCCAGUGUCACCCACCAAGUGCUGCCACCCCUCCUGGAGGCGGUGCCCUUUGCACCCACCUAUAGAGCCAUCCCGGGACCCAAAACCACCACCCAUCGAGUGUCCAUCGGCUACGCCUUCCCCAAGCUGCUGGCCGCGCCCCACGCCCACCUGAAAGCCCUGCCCCUGAAGUUAGCCCAUCACCAUCACCACUCGUUGUUCUAG